AUGAAAGUCGUCUCAGCACUUGCGGUCGGGCUUGCUCUCAGCCUUCAAGUCGAGGCUGCUGCGACGCCACCAUACCCAGCCAAGCGAGAUGCCGCUCCCAGAAAGGCAUUCAAUUUCAAGCGUGCACUGCCAUCGAAUAUCGAUUCAAAGCACUUGCGACCCGUGCUGGAACGUCGCCAGGACAGCAGCGAGGAGGUCAUUGGAUCUACUCAGCCUGAUCCCACUGUUCCAGGUUAUGCUGAGGGCGCUUUCGCCAGUGGACAGCCGAUAAGUAGCAACGGCAGAGGCUCUUUCCUGUCCGGAGGCACGAACAACAGGAUUGACAUUGAGAACCCCAGUAAUCUGGGCCAAGAAUCUACUGACAGCGGUUUCGUUCCCAAUUUGAAGUGGCGUUUCUCCGACUCCAAGACUCGCCUUCUCAAAGGCGGCUGGGUGCGUGAGCAGGUCAUUCAAGAUCUGCCUUCCAGCAAAGACAUAUCGGGAGCUCAGCAGCAUCUAAAGAAGGGGGCGGCUCGUGAGUUGCAUUGGCAUCGGGUUGCGGAGUGGGGUUUCGUCUAUGCUGGUCGUGUGGCUGUCUCCGCAGUAGAUGAGAAUGGUCAGAAUCAAUGGGAAGUCCUCGAAGUCGGCGAUAUCUGGUACUUUCCAAAGGGCGCAGCGCAUACCAUUCAAGGUCUUGAGGACGAGAACGAGUAUCUGCUCGUAUUUGAUGAUGGUAACUUUGAGGCAUCUGGAACCACAUUCAACGUCGACGACUGGAUUUCGCACACUCCCAAGGACAUCCUGGCGAAGAACUUUGGCGUCAACGCUUCGCUGUUCGAUACUGUACCAUCUCCCAACCCAUACAUUGCAGCAGGCAAUGUCUCGCUUGAGGGUAUUGACUCUCCCUACGGCAAUCUGAGCAGUGGCAACGGAUCAUACGUGAUCCAUUCUGGCGACGUCGAGCCAAUCCAGGCUCCAGGAGGUGGCGGCACCAUUCAGAUCUUCGACUCCCGCAGCUUCCCAAUCUCCACAACAAUCGCCGCUUCAGUUGUCACCAUCAAGCCUCGCGGUCUACGUGAGCUUCACUGGCAUCCCACAGCUGAGGAAUGGAUCUUCUUCGCCCAAGGGCAGGCACGAGCAACUGUCUUCAUCGGCAACGCCGCGGCUCGUACAUUCGACUUUGCUGCUGGAGACACUGCUGUGUUCCCGGAUAACUCGGGUCACUAUGUUGAGAACACUUCCGAUUCGGAGGAUCUCAUCUGGAUCGAGAUCUUCAAAGCUGAUCGUGUGGCCGAUAUCUCUUUGACCCAGUGGUUGGCGUUGACUCCUGCUCCAGUCGUGGCUCAGGUAUUGAACAUCUCCGUCGAUGCUGUGAGAGGCCUGAAGAAGGAGAAGCAGUUGAUCAUUGGUUAG